AGACCUUUCUCCAGGUGAGAUUGCUUCCUCUCUAGCUCAAGGCCAUCCUUUCAGAAGAGCUGGGAUCCUUCUUGUGUUCUUGGGGGUCAUCAUGUUCUGGCCCUCAGUCUCGAAGAGCCUCCUUGCUGUCUGUGUUGUCUUGGAGUUUGCUGUGAUCGUUGUGGAGAGUUUCACUUGUGAAAACUCUACAUGCGCAAAUGGAUUCUGUCAGUCCUUCGGUGCAUGCGAGACCUCUAAAAGCUGCUUCAGCCAAACACAGGAACUUAAAAUGCCAGAGAUGUCCAGAAACCUAAAUGUCCAGCAGAAAGGCUGUUCUCUAGAUGAAUGUACUGGACUGGCAUUCUCUGCGACACUGGGGGACCAACGGACAUUUAAAUAUGAACAGCGAUGCUGUACUACUGCUGAGUGCAACAAAAUGGACAUACAACCAUCCCAGGUGCCUGCAAAAGCAAAUGGUGUCCAGUGUCUUGCCUGCUAUAUGGAGGCAGGCAUGCUGUGUAUUCCAACUCUCCUAAAGUGCACAGGGAACGAGACAAAGUGCGUUUCAGUUAUUGGCACAGCUGCUGGAAGCAACAGUCUCCUUUCGGUAGUGAUGGUUGGAGAGGGCUGUGCAACAGAAAGUGCCUGCAACCUGGAUAUGACAGUUCUUGACCUGGUAAAUAUCCGUACCUUCUGCUCGAGUGGGAUCCCUGUACCUUCAACCACCUCGUCCGUUCCUGUUAGCACCGGUCUUCGACCUACAUCCAUCUCAACAGUACCAGUUCUGAUUAGUCUCCUCUUGCUGAAUGUCUUGUUUUGAUCUUCCAGGCUCAGGCCAUCCCAUAGUCCUACACAUACACUUGGAGGGCUUCCUUCAGUGAGAAUCAAAGUUGGUGACUGCUUGAUGUUUCUGUAUUUCAGCAUUAAAAACUCCAAUC